UUUGUUUAGUGAUAAAAAAAAAUAUAGUCAGUAUCUAUAUUUGUGAGGAGAUUUUGUUGUCAUUGCUGAAAAUGUCCAGUCAUUUUGUGUUUACAAAGGACCUUCAGUAUCUAGUGUUGUCAAUCAGUGAUGUUUGGAUUUAGAGAUUUCUUUAUCAAGUGCUGCUGGCGAGUAGGCGACAUGCACACGGCCAGCGCAGACGGGCAGUUCCGCGGCACCAACGGCGCAGGCGCCGCCGCGCCCCACGCCCGCGACAAGGUGGCCAUCCUCGACGCCGGCUCGCAGUAUGGGAAGGUGAUCGACCGCCGUGUCCGAGAGCUAUGCGUGGAGUCCGACAUCCUUCCGCUGGAUACCCCAGCUUACCACCUGAAGGAGACCGGCUACCGUGCGAUCAUCAUCUCGGGCGGGCCCAACUCCGUCUACGCCGAGGACGCACCGCGAUACGACGCUGAUAUAUUCAAAAUCGGCCUGCCUGUUUUGGGUAUUUGCUACGGCAUGCAGAUGUUGAACAAGGAGUUUGGAGGGUCGGUGCUGCGCAAGGAGGCUCGCGAGGACGGACAGUACGAGGUGGAAGUCGAGACCACAUGCCCGCUCUUCAACCGCUUGGAAAAGCUGCAGCCAGUACUACUGACCCACGGCGACAGCGUUCAGAAGGUGGGUGAGCGGUUCCGCGUCGGCGCACAGUCGUCCAACCACCUCAUCGCCGCCAUCUACAACGAACAGAUGCGGCUCUACGGCGUGCAGUUCCAUCCGGAGGUGGACCUAACCCCGAAAGGCAAGCAGAUGCUGUCCAACUUCCUGUUCGACAUCGCGGGCCUGUCGCGCAAUUUCACGCUGCGCUCGCGCCGCGACGCCUGCAUACAGUACAUACGCGACACCGUCGGAGACAACAAAGUGCUUGUAUUGGUAAGCGGCGGUGUUGACUCCACAGUAUGCGCCGCGCUACUCAGAAAUGCUCUGCGCGAGGACCAGGUCAUAGCUCUUCACAUCGAUAAUGGGUUCAUGCGUAAGAAUGAGAGUGCUAAGGUGGAGCGAUGCCUGCGCGAGCUGGGAGUACGUCUGCACGUUGUCAACGCCGCUCACCAGUUCCGGCAAGGCAGCACGGUGGUCCGCGAGGCGGGCGGGCGCGCGCGGCACACGCCGCUGCUGUGCCACGCGGCCGCGCCCGAGGACAAGCGCAAGAUCAUCGGGGACGUGUUCAUACGCAUCGCCGAGCGGGCCGUCCGGGACCUCAACCUGCCCGAGGACCAGGUUCUGUUAGGUCAAGGCACGCUGCGGCCCGACCUGAUCGAGUCGGCGUCAUCUUUAUGCUCCAACAACGCAGCCACUAUCAAGACCCACCACAACGACACGGAGCUGGUGCGUCUACUGCGCCAGCGCGGCCGCGUCGUCGAACCGCUGCGGGACUUCCAUAAGGACGAGGUGCGAGCUCUGGGCGUGGAGCUAGGCCUGCCAGCCAGCAUGGUGGAGCGGCACCCGUUCCCGGGGCCCGGCCUCGCCGUGCGCGUGCUCUGCCAAGACGAACCCUACGCCGAGAGGGACUUCGCUGAGACACAGGUGAUAGUGAAGAUAAUGGUGGAGUACGCGAUGAUGUGCGUGAAGUCGCACGCGCUGCUGGGCCGCGUGACGGCGGCCAGCACGGCGGCCGAGCAGGCCGAGCUCAAGCGCAUCUCCUCCAAGUCGCCCGUCGCCGCCGCGCUGCUGCCGCUGCGCUCCGUCGGCGUGCAAGGUGACGCGCGAACAUACAGCUACGUGGUGGCGCUUUCGACAGAGCGGUACCCACCGGAUUGGAAGGACAUGCACUACUUGGCCAAACUCAUCCCGAGGGUCUGUCAUAACGUUAACAGGGUGUGCUACGCAUUCGGCGGUCUCAUCAAGGAGCAGGUGACGGACAUCACGCCGACAUUCCUGACACAACACGUGGUGUCCACGGUCCGCCAGGCGGACGAUCUUGCUACACAGGUGUUAGUAAGCAGCGGGUACGCGGGCCGCAUCGCCCAGAUGCCGGUGGUGUUAAUCCCGAUCCACUUCGACCGCGACGCGGCCACGCGCGCCGCCUCCUGCCAGCGCUCCGUGGUGCUCCGCCCCUUCAUCACCUCGGACUUCAUGACCGGCAUCGCCGCGCUGCCCGGCAGCGACGCCAUGCCACAGGAUGUGGUGGACAGAAUGCGCAAGGAGGUAAUGAGCGUGCCGGGGAUAUCCCGCGUGCUGUACGACCUGACCCCUAAGCCCCCGGCCACCACAGAGUGGGAAUGAUCGCGCCAUUCAACCUUUUAUAUAUUUUUACUGAACGCACCGGGCAGUGGUCCCGCCGGCCGCCCGGCCGACGGAUGGCCCACCAAACGGAACGUUGGUUAUACGCUAAAUCUUAGUAUCUUUAUCUUACUCGGAAAUUCUCUAAAUAUCUCAUUAUCUACAGAGUCGAAGACAUACGAAAGGCUACUUGGAUAAUAUUUUCAAAGAGAAUUUGACUACAGAUAUGGACUGUUCAUAGUAAUAAGUUUCUAUUCAUAAUAGAAAUAUAAACUGUAAAGCAAUAUUAGCCGUGAAUGUUGGACGCUACGAAUACGACGUUGAACUCUCUAGACAAGGAUCGGUCAUAAGACUGUCGAAUGUACUACUAGAAGUGCCUCAAUAAUUACGAGUAAUUGAAGACCUGUGUGCAAUGCUGCGUUACAAUCUCUACUGAAUACCCAGCUCGCUUUAAGUGUUGAUUGAGUUCUUUUAUAGUGGAUUUAUUAUAUAAACGAAUGUAGUAAACGAAGUUUUUUUUUUGUUAUAUUUUUAUCUACUUUAGCUCAGCAUACUUUGUGUUUAGCUAAAAGGACCACUGCCCAUUAAUGAAUUUUGUAAAUACAUUGGUGUCACGUUAUUUGUUAGCUCCACUGAUCAGUUUUGUAACUUGUAGUAAUUUAUUGUCGAAGGCUGUGUAAAAAUUUAUAAAAAGCCGUAAAAUAUUCCGCGCGACAAGAUAUUGUAACGAAUCUUGUAUUAAAUCUGUACACACUGUGUUGUAUGGAAUGGUUCAGUGUUAUUGACUGGAAGUUUCAUAAUAAAAAUUAUAUUAUGCUUUAUUUUCA